CCUACCUAAUAUCAAAUGCAUCAUUUCUACACAACAAAUAAAAAUUAAAUUGCGUUGCCAUUCCAUUCGCCUUGAAGAUGGCUGAAAGCGAAGUGGAUACGCCGAGCACCCCGAUAGAGUAUGAGAGCAAAUACUUCGAGCAUCAUGGAGUUCGCCUUCCUCCUUUCUGUAGAGGAAAGAUGGACGAGAUCGCCAACUUCUCCCUCAGAAGUAGCGACAUAUGGAUCGUUACUUAUCCUAAAUCAGGUACAAGCUUGUUGCAAGAGGUAGUGUAUCUAGUGAGCCAGGGUGCAGACCCAGAUGAAAUUGGGCUAAUGAAUAUUGACGAGCAGCUUCCAGUGUUGGAAUAUCCUACACCUGGUUUGGAUAUUAUUCAGGAGCUGACCUCACCUCGUCUGAUCAAAAGUCACCUGCCUUAUCGCUUCCUUCCCACAGCCAUGCAUAAUGGAGAGGGCAAGUUCAUUUACAUGGCUAGGAAUCCUAAAGACCUGGUGGUGUCCUAUUACCAGUUUCAUCGUUCUUUAAGAACCAUGAGUUACCGCGGAACCUUCCAGGAGUUCUGUCGACGCUUUAUGAAUGAUAAGUUAGGAUACGGUUCCUGGUUUGAGCAUGUGCAGGAGUUCUGGGAACAUCGCAUGGACUCAAACGUCCUGUUUUUGAAAUAUGAGGACAUGUACAAGGACCUGGGUACACUGGUGGAACAGUUGGCACGUUUUUUGGGCAUCUCAUGUGAUAAAGCUCAGCUGGAGAGCAUGGUGGAGAGUUGCAACCAACUGAUCGAGCAGUGCUCCAACUCAGAGGCCCUAUCCAUCUGCAGGGGUCGCGUGGGGCUAUGGAAGGACAUCUUCACUGUAUCCAUGAAUGACAAGUUUGAUGCUGUGUAUCGUCAGAAGAUGGGCAAAUCUGACCUGACCUUUGACUUUAAUCUGUGAAAAAGCCUCACGGAUACUGGACUAUAUGCAUCAACCAGUCUAAUCAACCGAUCAGAUACUCUCCUCUCCUCUACACUACACUGAGUGCAACUUGUAAAAUUUUUGUCGUCACCUCUGACCCUUUCUAUUUCACCUAAUAUUCCCAUUCUGUCCAUCUCUUGUCUUACAUAGCUCAUGUGUUUUUGCACUCAGCUUGUAAAAUUUAUAAGUGCAUUUAAUUUUGGAAAAGUAAACCUGGUUCAGUUUACUGCUCAGAGCUUUGUCAUGUACGUAUGUUUGCAGUUUGUUUUGUGUACCGUGCAUAAGCAGUGCUUUAGCCUGGUGACAAGUUUGAACAUAUUUUGUAUGCAUUACACAUUAUUUAAAGCUUUUUCUCUGGUCCCUAUCGAAAUGAAAUGUAUAUUUAAUAAAUAUGGAAAAUAUGUCAUUUGUAGUCUAUGCAUCCAAACCUUACAGCAAAGUUUAAGAGAAAUUACAAAUGUUGAUUCUAAAAAUCAAAUGUUGAUUGUAUGGGAUCUGUUUUUCAUAGAACAUCUGGCUAGAAGAUACUGUAUAUUGUACUGUAUAUGCAGCCAAGCAGUUACAGGUAGUUAAGUGAUGUUUAUGUCCCUUCGCUAAAAAUGAUUACAUUCACAGAUUUAAAUAUUUUAAAAUGAGCCUUGCUUUUAUGUUAUACUUUUUAUGUUUUAAGAUAACUGACUGAUGUUAAACAUUUCAAUCUUGUUUGAAUCUGCUGAAGUAAACAGUAUUACAGAUCCAAUCUGUUGUAUUUGCCCAUGGAUGCUUAUCAAUGUACUGCAUGUAUAUGUGUAUGUAUGGUUUAUGCAUCACCAUUACAGGCAAUAGAUCAAUUCCACAUACUGCUUUUUAGCUCAAAGCUCAGGACAAGCAGUUAAUUACUUUAACUGGUGAUGUUAUACACAAAGAUACAAAAGAGUAUGUCAUUUAUGGAAUUUCAUGUCGUGAUAUAUCACUCAGUUGCUUAUAUUAAAAUUCAGGUGUAUCUGUUGGAGUAGAUACUGCACUGUUUCGAUCCUUGCCUUCAGUCACCUCACUGACUGAGGAAUUUUACAUGUGAGUUUCCUCUAGGUACUCUGUUUUGUUGUUAGUUUAAGGCACACUACCACCAAGUAGCCACUGUUGGGCCCCUGAGCAAGGCUCUUAACCCUUAAUUGAUCAAAUUGCAUCUGGCCACAGUGGUAAGUUGCUUUGGAUAAAAAACAUCUGCUAAGCGCCCUAAAUGUAAACAUAAAUUGUCUCUAGGUUUUAGCCAGCCAGUUGCCCUAUCUAGGGGGCACCAUAGCCAUUGUGACUCUGACUAGGAUAAAGCGGUUAGAAAAUCGAUGUAUGAAUGAUUUAAAGCUAUAGUAUGUAACUUCUGGGAGGCUGUGAUUAUGUCAAAUGCUUAUACAAUACAAUACAAUAAAAGAUGCUUUGAUUUUGCAUAUUUCUUGAAUUAAAUACAAUAAAAUAC